UAAAUAUUUUGCAGAGCUGAAGUGUGAAGAGUGGUGACUCAAUCCCUAAUUUCUCAGUUUUCUUCCCGCACGCGAUCGUAUCGGCUCGCUCUCUCACUACUGCUGCUUCCACCGCCCGUCUUUAACUCUGCCUCUUUCAUAUCGCCUAUUGCUCUUCUGUUAGACUAGACCAUCGACGUUCCCGUUGCAGGUUCCAUGUGUUUCAUCUGAAUUCAUUGAAAUGGAGAGCAUUUUCAUCCAGGAGAGUGAAGUGGGUUGUAGUCCUUUUGAAUGAGAAGGUAGUGCUGCAUUUUGCAAAAUGAGUGGAAGUGGCAGAAGGCGCAGCUCUAAGUGGGAUUUGAAAGAAGAAUCUCGGAUCCCAUUUGAUAGUGUACACGACAAUGCAUGGCCUGGGAAAGCAGGCUUGUCUUUUCAUGACAAAGAAUCACAGCGCGGCUGGCUUUCACCUGAAGGAGCUAGUGGUACUCGUGCCAAAUGGUCUGCUCUGGAACCUUUAUCUGGAAGAAGAGGCUCACGCAGAGAUGACAGCAUUGACGAGGAACGUAACAGAGAUUUAAAAGCAAUGCCCACAUGGGAUGGAGAUGAGAAUUAUGGGACAAGAAUGUCUCCUGGUCUUGAUGAAUGGAGGCAGCAAAAUCGACACAAUUCUCCUAAAAGUGAAAGGAAAAGAUCAAGAAGAAGUAGAAGCCGGAGCCAGAGUCGGAGUAGGAGUAGAAGUCCUGCCCGCGGCUUUGGGCGAGAAUCAGUAAUGCACGACAGAAGUAGAAGCAGAUCAGGUGUAUCAUCUCAAUUAUGCAAAGACUUUGCCGUUGGAAGAUGCAGGAGGGGUAAUCACUGUCAAUUUCUUCAUCAAGAUACUCAAGGUUAUGCUGAUGGCUGGGAAAGACAGAGGAAAACUGUAACUUCAAAAUAUCCCACUCAUGAAUCCAGGGAGUACCCCUCAGGGAGUGGAAGAUCUAUUGAUUGUUGUAAUGAUUUUCUUAAAGGCAACUGUAGGCGGGGUGCAUCCUGCAGGUUUUCCCAUCAUGUUGGCUCUGUGACUGUUAAGGGUUCUUCUAGCGAGGUAACUAGGGAAAGAAAUAAUGACCGAAGGCAUAAAGACGCAUCUCCAGAGAGACGUGGUGAGCGUGAAAUCCACAGAGCAUCUGAUGUUCCCUGCAAAUUUUUUGCUGCGGGUAAUUGUCGCAAUGGAAAAUAUUGCAGGUUUUCUCAUCAGGAUUUGGCCCAUGUAAGUCCUGAUGGGUCACGGGAUGGCAGGCGUUCACUUGACCAAAACUCUGACGAUCUGGAGAAAUUGUGGAAUGGUCCAAAAUGGGGCCCUGCUAGUGCUUUAGAUGCUGGAAAGUUGAGUGGGGGUAAAAGUGAGACAGUUGGCGCCCCUGAUCAAAGGCGCACUGCACGUUCUGUUUAUGAUGAAUGGGGUCAUUGUUUGGAGGAUAAGACACUUGAUGAUGCACCAAUUGAUCCUAAAAUGGUCCAGAGUGAAGCCACCCUUACAUGGAAGACAGAAAAUGCUAGUGAUAACAUGCUUGCUUCUGAACAAAGAGCAGGUGGUGAGAAGUGGCUUGGAGAUAUGGACAUGUCUCCUGAGUGGAGUUAUAAAGUUCGACAUUCUAACCAUAUUGAUAAACAAGAUUCUGCUUCUUUAAUCAGUUGCAAUCCCAGUAUAACGAGAGAAGUUUCAGGUCAUGCAGGUGAUGCCACUGCUGUUAUGCCAUCAUUGAUAAAUGAACCAUCUGCCAAACCCCAGGUCUACAAUUUAAGGGAGGUUGGUGCAAAUACUCUGCUUCGUGAUGAUAGUGUGACUGGAAAAAUGGCCAGUUCUCAUAGUGGUGUUCCUGCCAAUAUUAUUUCUGCACAAAGCUUUGAUCAUAAUGGCAUGAAUUUAAAUGCUUUACCACUUCCAGGCUUGAAUGGUAUUGGGCAAGGUCAAGUAACAAUCUCAACUUCAGGUGGAGGUGAUGUGAAUCCUCAAAAUCAGAUGCUGCUUCAGGAGGGAAAGACAAUCAACAAGCCAGAUAAUAGGGAAGAAAAUACAUCAAAAAUUAAUUCUGGAGUUUCUAUGACACAGAAUAUGGUAAGCAGUGAACAACUUACUCAGCUCACCAACAUCUCGGCCUCUAUAGCUCAGUUACUUGCAAAUGGACAGCAGCUUCCCCAUCUUUUUGUUGUUCACAAUGCCCAUAAUAAUACAGAAAUAUCUUCCUCUGCAAACUCUGAGGAGCUUGUUAAACCAGAUUCUGCAGCAACUACAGAUUCAAAUCAAAAUGUAGGUCUGAGGAAGCAGUAUGAUCCUAUAUGUGACAGCCUUGAUACUGAAAAGAAUGAUGUCAAUAAUAAUCCAACGGGUUUUUCACAAAACCUUAUUAUGCAGAAAAAUGUUGUGGACAGGAAACUGGAAAUGUCAUCCAAAAGUUUGUCUCCACCUGUUGCAGGUGCACCAAGUGCUGGUGAUUACAAGAAGUUCCAUACUUUGCAAGAACCUAAUGACAAGAGUUACCAGGUAAAUGAUAUGAAGCCAGGUGCAAACUCCAAGGUUACCAAGGAAAACAAUGGAAUGGUAACCGAGGAAAGCAGGAAAGUAGAGGAGGACAAGACUGCACAAGAAAAUGAUCCUGCAGAAAACAUUGAUGGAGAUGGGAAGACUGAUGACGGCAAACAAAGCAAGGAUGUUAAGGGGAUUCGCGCAUUUAAGUUUGCACUUGUGGAGUUCAUUAAGGAGCUUCUGAAACCCACAUGGAAGGAAGGUCAAAUGAGCAAGGACGCUUACAAAAACAUUGUAAAAAAGGUAGUUGACAAAGUCACUGGUACAAUGCAGGGAGCCACUAUUCCUCAAACACAAGAAAAAAUUCAACAAUAUCUUUCAUUUUCAAAGCCAAAGCUGACAAAACUUGUACAGGCUUAUGUGGAGAAAUUUCAGAAGGAUAAAUGAAACAAGGAACUUCCAGUGUUUUCUAUUCAUUUAUUUUUCCGUGUUAUAUAGCAAGCCCAUACUAUUUCUUGUGAAUUUAUUAUGCCUGAUACUGCAGUGUCUAGAGUGACAUUUUCCUGUUUUGUAUCUUAGUAGUUAGAAUCAAAGAUUGGCUAACCCUUUCAGCUCCUACUUGCAGAUUUACCAUACCUUAUUGUUUGGAAGUCUGUGUUGUCACUUAUUUCUGUGUGGGGUAUUUAUGCUGGCACCUAAUUCAUGGCAGUGGCAGUGCCCUCUUUUCUUUUAUAUUACAUGAUUAGCAUUACAUGGUUUGGUCU